AUGGAUGUGUUCAUACCAAAUUUCUUUUUUUUCCUUCCCGCUAUACUCAUUCUUUUCUUUUCGAUGCUAAAUUCUUUCUUUCUUUCUUUCUUUCUUUCUUUCUUUCUUUAUAAUUUCCUUGCUACACUUCUUUCCUUCUUUUCGAUUCUUUCUUUCUUUCUUUCUUUCUUUCUUUCUUUCUAUCUUUCUUUCUUUCUACGGUUUUUUCUCUUACCAAAAUUCUUCAUCCUUUUUCAUUUCUUGCGUAAUCAUCCUUCUUUCUUUCUUUGUAAUUUUCUUAUUCUUUCUUUCUUUCUUUAUAAUUUUCUUUGUUUCUUUGUUGUUUUUUACUUUCCUUAUUCUUUCUUUCUUUGUAAUUUCCUUGUUAUUUUUUUUUUAUUUUUCAUGUUUUUAACUUUCUGUUUCUUCUUCCAUUCUCAUCUCGAAGCUACACUCCUUCCCUUCUUUUCGAUUCUUUCUUUCUUUCUACGGUGUUUUGUCUUACCAAAAUUCUUCAUCCUUUUUUAUUUCUUGCACUUCUUCCUUCUUUUCAUUCUUUCACUUUCACACUCAUUCCUUAUUUUCAUCCUUUUUUUUUUUAGAUUCUUUCUUUUUUCUUUGUUUCUUUCUUUUUUUCUAAUUUCCAUGUUUUUUCUUUUUUUUUUUUUCUUUUCUUUUCCUUCUCAUCUUCGUUACACUCAUUCUUAUUUUGAUUUUUUCUUUCUUUUUCUUUUCUUUCUUUUCUUUUUCAUAUUGCUUUUUCUUUCUUUUGCAUUUUUCUUACUUUUCUUUUCCAUUUCUAUGUUCCUUUUCUUUUUUCCAUUCUUUUUCUCUUUUCUUUCUUUGGACACAGAGGAGCGUUUCUAUAAAAAGAACGUAUAA